UGUGGGAGUUGAAUUUUAACCGGUAGUUACGGUUUGACGUCGACGGUUCUAGAUCAAAUCAUAAAACCCAAACCGACUCGAUCUUCUUCCCGCAACUACACAAUCUGCUUUCCCAAUUCUCUCUCUCUCCUGUGAAACCCUAAACGCCGAUAGCAGAGAUGCAAAACUCGAGGAUCCCACCGUUUACUGAAUCGAAGAGAAAGAAGAUUCAUAACCCAAAGCAGCAUCCCUUGCCAUCACGAAUCUCGAAAAAGGCUUCAACGAGGAUCAAACCGUCCCAUCAGCCUGAGAUGUUUAGUUCAGAUUCGUCCGAGUAUAGAGCACUGAGGCGGAACUAUUUGCUGCUGGAGGAAGAAAGCUUCGCGUUGGAGAGAGAGUUGAAGGAAGUCGAAGUCGAGGUUAAAGCACUUGAAGAUGAGAAAGUUGAGCUUUUGGACAAACUUGUUGUAAUGGAAGGUUUAGUUGAUCCUUGAUCGGUUUAACCUAGCUCAUUCAUGUGUAGUUUAUGUACAAUCCAAACUCUAUAUCUUUUGGACAAACCCGUUGUAAUGGAAGGUUUAGUUGAUCAGUCAUGCUUAAGCAAAGCUA